GCCAGUGUCAAGGUGCCGAGGCAUCUAGUUGAUGACAGAAAAGCAAUAACAUUGACAAUUAUUGAAUUUUUAUUCAUUCAUAUUAACUUGACUUGAUACUACCAUGGAAUUGAAGAGCCAUUAAUAGAUAUGGCCCAGAAAUGAGUGAUGCAGCACUUAAUUCCAAUGGAAUUAAAUCUAUUAAGUUUCGACUUGGACGUAUUGCUACAAGUGACGUGUAUAUAGCAACAGCUUAUUUUACAAUCAUACUGACUAGUAUUUCAUUGCAAAGCAAUCGACUUUUGACUCACACUGACACCUGAGCAGUUAGGGGAAAGACAAAAGAGAGCGAUGGAAAAGGUAUUCAAGCCACAGUGGCAAUGAGUAGAGG